AUGCCGUACCAGUUCAACCCCCUCUUCAACCCCUCGGCCAAGUUCUACGCGCCGGCGGCCACCGAGGCCAAGGACGCCAAGGCCCCCCCCACUGGUGCUGACCUCUACGCUCGCUUCGCCGUUGCCGGUGCUCUUGGCUGUGCCAUCACCCACGGUGCUCUCACCCCCGUCGAUGUCGUCAAGACUCGUAUCCAGCUCUCGCCCGAGAUCUACAACAAGGGUAUGAUCAACGCCUUCCGCCAGAUCAUCUCGUCUGAGGGUGUCGGUGCUCUUCUUACUGGUCUCGGCCCCACCGUUGUCGGUUACGCCAUCCAGGGUGCCUUCAAGUUCGGUGGUUACGAGUUCUGGAAGAAGCAGGCCAUCGACUACUUCGGUGUCGAGAAGGCCUCGCAGAACCGCCAGGCUAUCUACCUCGGUGCCUCGGGUAUCGCCGAGUUCUUCGCCGACAUUGCCCUCUGCCCCCUUGAGGCCACCCGUAUCCGUCUCGUCUCGCAGCCCACCUUCGCGUCGGGUCUCGCCUCGGGCUUCCUCCGCAUCCUCCGCGAGGAGGGCCCCGGUGCCUUCUACGCCGGCUUCGGCCCCAUUCUCUUCAAGCAGAUCCCGUACACCAUGGCCAAGUUCGCCGUCUACGAGAUCUCGGUUGAGAAGAUCCUCCAGCUUACGAAGAAGAAGAAGGAGGACCUCACCAACGGCCAGACCACCGGCCUCAACCUCGUCUCCGGUCUCAUCGCCGGUAUGGCCGCCGCCGUCAUCUCGCAGCCCGCCGACACCCUCCUCUCCAAGAUCAACAAGACCAAGGGCGAGCCCGGACAGAGCACCACCUCGCGUCUCAUCUCGAUGUCCAAGCAGCUCGGUCUCAAGGGUCUCUACACCGGCAUGACUGCCCGUCUUGUUAUGAUCGGUACUCUUACUGCCGGCCAGUUCCUUAUCUACGGCGACAUCAAGCGCCUGCUCAACGCUACCGGCGGCGUCGAGAUCGCUGCUGUCCCCAAGUAA